AUGUACCGUUUUGUUUACAAAUGUAAACAUCAAAACAAGAAAAAGGAUGAACUUACUGUAUCUGAGUUAAAUGAAGCAGAGAAUAUCUUGAUUCGUUUAAUACAAAAUGAGUCCUUUAAUGGAAUAGAAGAUAAAGGGAUUUUAAGUCUUAAUCCAACCAUUGAUUGUGGGAUCAUCAGAACUAAAACAGCAAUAUUUCAAAGAGAAGAUACAUCUGAGUUCAGAACUCCUGCUAUUUUGCCAAGUGAUUAUCCUCUUAUAAAAAGUUUAAUAAUGGAAGAACAUAAGUUGAAAGGACAUGUUGGAGUUUCUCACGUCCUAAAUUCCUUAAGAGAAAGAUUUUGGAUAUUAGCUGGAAGGAGAGUUGUGUCAUCCGUUUUGAAAACUUGUAUAACAUGUAAGCGUUAUUCAAACAAAAAUGUUAACCCACCAGCGCCACCACUUCCUAGAGAUCGGGUACUGGAUGCCUCAGUAUUUCAAAUAACUGGCAUAGAUUAUACUGGACCUAUAUUUCUAAGAGACUACAAGAAUGCAUGGAUUUGCCUAUUCACUUGCGCAGUGUACCGUUGUGUUCAUUUGGAACUGGUUACAUCCUUAACGACAGAUACAUUUCUACAAGCGUUUCAUCGUUUUUCUGCUAGACGUGGGAAGCCAUCCAUAAUUUAUACUGAUAACGGAACAAAUUUUGUUGGAGCAUGCAAUGCACUUGCUUCAAUCGAGUUCAAUGAAAUUGGAAAAAAAGGAGCUAAUGAACGUAUUAUUUGGAAGUUCAUUUCCCCAGGCGCUCCAUGGUGA